AGGAACAGGUCGUCGCCGCUAGCUUGCUUAUGUUGUUUGUUACGCUACGUGCUAGCUUGUUUAUUACUCUACGUCAGUGUGACAACCGCAAUAAAAACGUCACCGCUCGCUAGCUUGCCUCGUUUAUUAGGUCCUGUACGUCAGCGUGACGCAUAUAAUAACAAUAAGAACGUUGCCGCUAGCUCUCUUACCUUGUUAGCUACUGUACGAAUGAUUGAACCGCCCGAAGGCGUCCCGCCGUCGCUGUCACGUGACCUGCAUAGCUACGCUCUGCGGUGUUAUCGCGAGAAGGAACAGGUGUUCUUUGACAUCACAGUGGCAGGUCACGAGGUGGGCCGUAUCGUCAUCGGCCUGUUUGGAGACGUGGUGCCUCUGACUGUCAGUAACUUUGUUGCCCUGGCAACGGGAGAGAAAGGUUACGGCUACAAAGGCACCAAGUUCCAUCGAGUCAUCAAGGACUUCAUGAUCCAAGGAGGGGACUUCACCGCCGGAGACGGGACCGGAGGGCACAGCAUCUACGGGACCACCUUUGCUGACGAGAACUUCAAACUGAAGCACAGCUCGGCCGGCUGGGUGAGCAUGGCCAACGCGGGUCCAGACACAAACGGCUCCCAGUUCUUCAUCCUGGCCACCAAAGCCCCGUGGCUGGAUAACAAACAUGUGGUGUUUGGCAAAGUCCUGGACGGGAUGUCUGUCGUUCACACCAUCGAGCUGCAGGACACGGACGAGAGGAACCUGCCGUACGCCGAGUGCGUGGUGGUGAACAGCGGCCGCAUCGGCGUGAAAGAGCCUUUCGGCGUGGAGGUGGACGGCUGGUAGCUCCUCCUCCUCCGGCGGCGGCGGCGGUGGCGGCGCCGCACGUUUUCACUAUGCAUCCCGAUACAUCUCAUGGAUGAUCAAAACAGCUUUUAGUCAUAUCUCCACUUCCUGUUUACAUGCGUCUCAUCUGCUGCUUCAUCUUAUGCAACCACCUUAAACUGUGAAAGACACUUUUUGUUGUCCGCCAUAAACGUUGGUGCCAAACAAA